AUGGCGGAUAGUUACGUGACGACACGACUGUAUGAUACUUGUUCAAUAUGAGAUAAAAAUUGUACAUAUGAUUAAAAAAUCAAGAAUCUGGAAUUUAAAAGUCGUGAUGUUUACCGUUUUUCGUGGCUAAAUAAUAUAUCAUAUUUUCUUUGUGAAAAUAAUCAACAUUUGAGGAUACAUUAUUAACAACAAUAAUUGGUGAUAAUAAUGUAAUACUUGAACUUGUCAUUUGAAAGUUUAGACUUCAAACAAAAGCAACAAUAAUUUAUCAACAACGAACAGAUUGGCUGUAAAAAAAUUGUUUUAAAGAUUUUACUUAACAAUCUGGAAAAGGAAUAUUGACAAGUGAGCCAUCUAAUUUAAUAAUGAAAAAAUAUUUCAAUGAAUUGAAAGAUUCACAGAUUAGUUAUUUAAAUUAUGAUUCUUAAUCAAACAAAUACGCUUACAGAAGACUUUAACUUGAACACAAAAGAUGUAAAAAUCAUCACCAAAUUUUUCAAUCACUUAACAAUUAUAUAGUCAAUGGAUUUUAUAACUAUAGAAUUGAGACCAUUUAUCCAAUCAUGUUACGUUUUUAUUCGUAUGAAGAAUGAGACUGAGUCUUCUCAUAUAGAAAUAAUUGUUAAAUAUAAAGCUAUUGUCAUUAAAACUGACAACGAUCACUAUGAUAUCCGUUUUCCAUCAACAAUAACAUUAUGUCCUGCGUCUAUUUCACGACUUGAAAUAGUUGGAAAAUGGAUAAUUUUUCGAGUACAAACAAAUCCAUCUAAUUCAUCAUAUGGAACAUUUACUUGUGAGUUUAUUAACACAGAAGAGAUUAAAAAUGAUUUCAAGGAUACAUCCAAGUUAAAUAAAGUACCACCAAAGAAUACAAAUAUUUCAUUAAUGUGCAGCUGUUGUAAAAAUAUUUUAUCUAAUAGUACUAUAUCAUUUUUAAAAGUCCUACCACUACCAAGUGACGAGUGUGAUCCAUGCGAGUGGUUUUGUUGUUCACAUAGUAAUAAAAUCGAUUAUAAGGCAUUGUUAAGUCCAACACAACAAGAUUUUUAUUAUGGAUCUCACUUUUAUAUUUUAAAUAAAAAUAUAUUUACAAAUUUAAAAAUCAAUAAAACAGAUAUAUUAUGUAAUAGAUGUUUGUCAAUUAUUGGUGUAUCUAAUGAUGACACUUCGUUUAAAAUUUGGUGUCAUUGUAUAGAAUAUCAAGUACAUUCAUCUUCCGAUUUUAAAGUUGAUGUAAAUACUCCUUUAACAGAUUUUCAAUUAGCUCUCAAAUAUUUCUUAGUCAAUAAUGACGAUAAACAGAAAGAGAUUUGCUUUUUUACAAAUGAGCAAAAUCAAUCUAAAUAUUUAUUACUAAAAGUUCUUGAGAAAAAUCUUAGUCUUCUUACGGACUCAGUAAUUGACGAAGUAAAGGGAGUAAAUUUGAAAGAACAAAAAAUUACAAAAGUUUUGUUUAACUGUCCUAAAAUUGAGUUAGAGAAUGUAAAUAGUGAAAAUUUAGUUAUGUGCCAAAUUAGUUUGAAAUGUAUUAUUGCUGGAAUAGAAUAUCUCGUAUCGUCAUCGAAGCGAAUACCACCGAUGCAUCGAUUUAUAGGUGAAUAUUGUAUCAGUUAUAUAAUGUAAGAGAAAAAAAUAACAUUUUACCAUAAUAA